AUGGUGGUUGGCAUCUACUUUUCUGCCCAUUGGUGCCCCCCCUGCAGGAUGUUUACACCCGCUCUUGCUGAGGCUUACAGGAGCAUCAGGUCUGCUAACAAGAAGUUCGAGAUUGUCUUCGUCUCGUCGGACCACAACGAAGCAGGUUUCGAUGAGUACCUCCGCUCGAUGCCUUGGCUGGCGCUGCCGUUUGCAGAGAGAUCGAUCAAGAACAAGCUGAGCGGCAUGUUCGGAGUGUCAGGGAUCCCUUGCCUCGUGCUGCUUGACGGGGCUCGUGGGAGUUUGAUCACGAGAGAUGGCCGUCAGGUCAUCAUGCAGGAUAGAUUCGGCACGAACUUCCCGUGG